AUGGCAGCAUCGAAGACAACAAUGAUGAUUCUUCUCGUGGCAGUCAUUUUCUCAUGUGUGUGGAUAUCAAAUGCAAGGAAAGUGAUGAAACAUCAACGAAAUGUGGAGUGUGUUGGAACAUGUUCACCGACGUCGAGGCAUCUAAAUCAAUACUUUGGAAGUUGCUUUAAAGAUGAAGAUUGCUUAAACAGUUGUUUUCAGUCUUGCAAAUCUCUAAAAUGUACUAAUCACGAAUGCAUCUGCGGAGACUGUUGA